CGGGGAUUGGGGGCCCGGCUUGUCCUUCAGUGUCUCCCCUCGUCGUCGCCGCUGCCCUCCUCGGGCGCCUCGGAGCGUUGUUCCCCUCAGCCUCGGCUCGGCCCCGUCCCCUUCCUCCUCGUCCUCGGCGUGGAAGGUGGCUCCGAGGAGGCUCCAAGGGCGGCCGGGCCCCGGGGCAGGUGAGGAGAAGGCCCGCCCCGCGGAAAGGCUGAAGAGCUGAAGGGCCCACCUGUGCCCCGCUCUGCGCAUGCGCCCUGGCCCUGAGAGGUGAGCAGGACUCCUCUUCCCACGCUUCAGGCUCCUGGAGGCACCUGCGACCCUCAGAAGUAUCCAUACUGAAAGAUGUGCUGCAAUGCCUCCUUUGUGUUUGACUGCACUUAAAACUGGAAAGAAAAACAUAUUAUGGCAGUUCUCCGUUAUUGUGUCACCGCUGGUGGCUGAGCUGAAGUUUCCUGCAUCCUAAGGAGAUUAUGUAUAAAAGGAAUGGCCUCAUGGCCAACGUGACAGUGACCUCCGCCACUCCAGAGGGUAGCAGCAGCUCUGACUCUCUGGAAGGACGGAGUUCAGAUUAUGCUCAUAAAAGCUAUGAUGCAGUUGUAUUUGAUGUAUUGAAAGUGACUCCAGAGGAGUUUGCUAGUCAGAUUACACUGAUGGAUACGCCAGUAUUUAAAGCUAUACAGCCAGAGGAACUAGCAAGUUGCGGAUGGAAUAAGAAAGAGAAACACAUCCUUGCCCCCAACGUUGUUGCCUUUACAAGGAGGUUUAAUCAGGUCAGUUUCUGGGUUGUACGAGAAAUUUUAACAGCACAGACCUUAAAAAUACGAGCAGAAAUAUUGAGCCAUUUUGUGAAAAUAGCAAAGAAACUUCUAGAACUGAACAACCUCCAUUCCCUCAUGUCUGUGGUAUCAGCUCUGCAAAGUGCACCAAUUUUCAGACUGACAAAGACCUGGGCACUCUUGAAUCGCAAAGACAAGACCACGUUUGAAAAGCUGGACUACCUAAUGUCUAAGGAAGAUAAUUAUAAGAGGAUGCGGGACUAUAUCAGAUGCUUAAAGAUGGUGCCCUGUAUUCCUUAUCUAGGGAUUUACCUGCUGGAUUUAAUCUACAUCGAUUCAGCAUAUCCUGCCUCGGGAAGCAUCAUGGAGAAUGAACAAAGAUCCAACCAAAUGAACAAUAUCCUCCGAAUAAUUGCCGACUUGCAAGUCUCCUGUAGCUAUGAUCACCUUAUAACAUUACCCCAUGUGCAAAAGUACUUAAAGUCUGUCCGGUACAUUGAAGAACUUCAAAAGUUUGUGGAGGAUGACAACUACAAAUUGUCCCUGAGGAUUGAACCAGGAAACAGCUCUCCGCGACUGGUAUCUUCAAAGGAAGAUCUGGCAGGUCCCUCUGAGGUGUCAGCCGCUGUGAGGUUCAACAGGAGGCCAACCUGUCCUGAUGCCUCGGUGGCAGCCAGCCUGCCCACUCCUCCUGUCCCACGACACAGGAAGAGUCACAGCCUGGGAAACAAUAUGAUGUGUCAGUUCAGUGUAGUUGAAAGUAAAAGCGCAACGUUCCCGACAGAGAAACCCCGCCACCUGCUGGAUGACAGUGUGCUAGAGUCCCACAGCCCUGUCCGAAACCACACACUAAACUCUGUUUUCACCAAUGGUGUUUCCAUAGGAAGCAGUGAAAGCUCAGAAUUCAGUGAGGAGCCUUCUUCGGGGAUUGAAAGGGGUCGGCUGUAUGCCACGCUGGGGCCCAACUGGCGGGUACCAAUUCGGAAUUCUCCCAGAAGUCGGAGCUGUGUUUACAGCCCCACAGGCGCCUGCAGCUGCACUUCGGCAACUUCCAUGGGCGUCGUUACAAUGGAGGGGCCUUUGAGAAGGAAGACAUUACUGAAGGAAGGCAGGAAGCCUACACUUUCCUCCUGGACUAGAUACUGGGUCACCCUUUCAGGGUCUACAUUGAUUUACUUUGGAGCGAAGUCCUUAAGAGGCACCGAGAGAAAGCAUUAUAAAUCAACUCCAGGGAAAAAGGUUUCCAUUGUAGGCUGGAUGGUGGCACUACCUGACGAUCCCGAACACCCUGAUAUUUUCCAGCUAAAUAACCCAGAUAAAGGCAAUGUUUACAAGUUUCAGACUGGUUCGAGGUUUCAUGCAAUACUGUGGCACAAACAUUUGGAUGACGCGUGCAAAAGCAACAGGCCUCAGGUACCUGCAAACCUUAUGUCAUUUGAAUAACAAGCUCUGGUCCCUGGUGUAAAUUUCAAGUGCCAAACUGCAGAAUGGGAACAUGGGGUUCCUCAAAGGAGGACGGAGGAAGGGAAUUCCUUGACUGAGUGAGCCAGCUGUCUGCAACAGCAAUUUCAGCACUUUUCUAUAUGACUUGAACGUAGCGAUGACACCACUUCCUAAAAGCAGGAGGUGAAUGUUGUCCUUAGGAAAGGAUCUGUCCCCAGGUGCUGGAGGGAACGAUGCUUUGAGACUGAUGGAAGACGCAGGAUCCCCAAAUCCUUGAGUUUAGCUUUUGUGGUCACAGACUGCUGUGGAUGUCUCUCCUUCCCACAAAACUGUGCAUCACAUCUUCUGCGGAUUUUUUUUUAAACUGCUCUUUUUAUCGUCGAGCUGCGUUAUGUGAACCGAAGGAACAUUUAGCCCAUGUUGGGUUGUUUUUUUUUUCCUCUUCAAUUAUUUCUAAUGCACAACAACAACAACAACAACAAAAACAAUUGACAGUGUUAACUUUGCUGCAAAAGUGUCAAUUAGAAUAGAACAUUGUGGAACAACGUUUUUAUAACCUUAAGUGCACUGAGUCGCUUGGCAAUGUGGCUGCCUCAGAUUUUUGUAUCAAACCCUAGGAACAAAAACGGAUGUUCAUACACCUGAGCUAUUUGGGAAAUGUGUAUUUUGGCACCAGGUAAAAAUAACCGCCUGUGAUUUAGUGUUUUCGUUUCUUGUAAUUUGGCUGUGCUGCUUGAGUCGAAUGAACUCGUGGUGCCCAGGCAGAGGAAGGGUCCGCCGCUGCUGAAAUGGGUUCCUUCACACACACACACAAUUUGCCUUAAAUUGUUUUGGUUUGUUCUUUUUUGAAGUGCGGGUGCUGUUCAUCAGAAAUGUCCUCCUGAGAAUUGCAUUGGUUCUUCCUGACUCCAGGGCACCUCCUUUAGAGCUUUCCAUUGGAUGCCAUUUUUCUCCUAAGAGGUGGUUUGACAUUGAGCUCAGCUUUUGCUCGAAAAGAAAGCCAGACUCUAUUAAUCGAGACGUUUUUGCCCAGUAUCUGAACAAUGGCCCAGAGUUGCCUGUUAGGAAUACAGAUGAGUGAAAUGUACGAAGGUUAUCUGGAAAGUACGAUUACAAUUUUAAAAAAAAUACAAACAAUGAAUAUAUUUUAAUCAAUUUACAUGGAUUGUAGCAUUAUUUUUCCACAUAAUGAUCAUUCAGUUCAAUACAUUUUGUCGUCCGUGGGACGAGUUUUGGAUGCCUGUGUCAUCGAAGUUUCCCUCCAGCUUUAUCGGCCAGUUUGUCACUUCGAUUUUCACCUUGUCGUUGUCAAAAAAGUGUUUCCCACCAAGGUAUUCCUUCAGUGUAAAUGAUAGUCACUGCUGUCUCGACUUAAAAUAUCCCAACCAAAUGGAGUAAACCGCUCUUGUGUUGCAUGAGCGGUAUAUAGACGCGCAUUGUCAUGAAGGAGACAGGCUCCCGCCAUCAGCAUCCAAUGACGUUUGUUUUGGAUGGCUCUGUGAAGUUUCUUUAUGGUCUCACAAUAUAUUCCGUACCCAUUUUGUCACAUGCUGUCUUGACAUUAUGUCCUCUCCAUAAACUGAAACGAUUUUUCGAUAAAUUGCAGUGGUGUUUAUGCCGUUAGCAUUUAGGGUAGCAUAUUACAGUGUGAAAUUCACCCUUAGAGAGAAACAGAAUGAGGACAGUGGACUAUUGUAGGUUUUUUGGGGCUAUAUGGCCAUGGUCUAGAUGCAUUCCCUCCUGACGUUUCCCCUGCAUCUAUGGCAAGCAUCCUCAGAGGUAGUGAGAACUAGGAAAAAGGGUGUGGAAUGACCAGGGUGGGACAAAGGACUCUUGUCUGCUGGAGCUGGGUGUGAAAGUUUCAACUGACCACCUUGAUUAGCAUAUAAUUGCCUGACAGUGCCUGGGGCAAGCUUUUGUUGAGAGGUGAUUAGAUGUCCUUGUUUGUUUACUCUCUGUUGUUGUGCUGUUGUAAUUUUAGAGUUUUUUAAUACUGGUAGCCAGAUUUUGUUCAUUUUCAUGGUUUCCUCCUUUCUGUUGAAAUUGUCCACAUGCUUGUGUAUUUCAGUGGCUUCUCUGUGUAGUCUGACAUGGUGGUUGUGAGAGUGGUCCAGCAUUUCUGUGUUCUCAAAUAAAAUGCUGUGUCCAGGUUGGUUCAUCAGGUGCUCUGCUAUGGCUGACUUUUCUGGUUGAAGUAGUCUGCAGUGCCUUUCGUGUUCCUUGAUUUGUGUUUGGGCAAUGCUGCGUUUGGUGGUCCCUAUGUAGGCUUGUCCACAGCUGCAUGGUACACGGUAGACUCCUGCAGUGAGAGGAUCCCUCUUGUCCUUUGCUGAAUGUAGCAUUUGUUGGAUUUUCUUGGUGGGUCUGUAGAUAGUUUGUAUGUUGUGUUUCCUCAUCAGCUUCCCUAUGCGGUCAGUGGUUCCCUUGAUGUAUGGCAGGAACACUUUUCCUCUGGGUGGAUCUUCAUCUUUACUCUCGUGGCUUGUUCUUGGUCUUGCAGAUGAGGACACUCAUCUCUAACCUUCACUACAAUACCAGUCGAUGAGCUACUAACAACUGGCACGGCUCGUUCACUUCCACUGGCUUCCCGCUACAUAGCAGUGAUAUCAACUUCCCCCAUGAAAAUUCCCCACAAGAGCUACGUGCCUUGUAAUUUUACUUUCUGGAUAACCCUCGUAUAUAAUACACCUGAGAAAUCAGCUGGAAUUUUUGAUGAAAGCAACCGUGCAUUUGACAAAGACAUUGUUGCCUACUGAUCUCACUGGAUUGUUAUUUUAUUUUAUGUUAUUUUGACGCUAAAAUCUCUCAACGGUUGUCGAAUAUAAUAUGUGAAUUGUCAUGUUAUAUGCCUGUGUCAUAGUCCUAAAUUGUCAAUGUGAAACAAGAUCCGGGGGAGAAGCCAACUCUUGGGUCUCUGUCUAGAAAGGAGAGCGAGGCAGGCUUCUAAGCUAAAGCAUCCUUUUUUUUUCCUGCCCAGGUUGGUCAACUCAAAGCCUGACUUCUUGGAAAUACUCGUAGAUUGUCUCCAUGUCCAAGAACAAAACUCUGCUUGGAGCAGAUGAACCUAUUGUUUCUAUUUGGCCACUGCCAAUCGAUUAAUGUAUUAGGAUGUGGUUCUGAAUGGCCCUCUUGCACAAAGGGAUGUGUUCAGUUUCACAUGUGGAUUGUUCUUGAGGGAAGAGGGAUCUCUUCUUUGUAGCAUCUCCCUCUUCUUUCUGUCUUUCUUUCCCCCCACCCUUUUGUGGUGAUAUACCACCCAUAUUUCUGAUAUAGAAAAUAACACAUCCUGCCAGGUACAUUGCAGUUAUUAAAGGUCUGGCAUCCCAUUGAUCAAACAUAUCCUUUAGGACAGGUAUGGGCAAACCUAGGGGCGUGGGCCAGAUGUGUCCACCUGGACUCUUUUCUCAGGCCCUCCUCUCUCUCACCACCCUAUCCUUCCUUCUUUCUCUCUUUCCUUCCUCCUUCCUUCCCUCUCUUCCUUCCCUCCCUCUUUCUCCCUCCCUCCUUCCUUGUCUUCCACCCGUUUGUCCUUUCCUCUUUCUCUUUCUCUCUCUCUCCCUUUUUCUCCUUCCUUCCUUCUCUUUUGUCUUUCCUUCCUUCUCUUUCCCCCAUCCAUCCUUCUCCCUCCCUACAUUCCCUUUCAUCCUUCCCUUCCACCCUUUCACCCUUCCUUCCUUCCAUCCAUCUGUCCAUCCUUUUUGUCUUUCCUUCCUUCUUUCCUCCCUCCCUCUCUUCCCUCCCUCUUUCUCCCUCCAUUCCCUUCUACCCUUUCGUUCUCCCUUCCUUCUCUCUUUCCUUCCUCCUUCCCUUCCUUCCAUCCUUCCUUUUCAUCUUUCUUUCCUUCCUUCCUUCCUUCCUUCCUUCCUUCCUUCCUUCCUUUUGUCUUUCCUUCCUUCUCUCUUUCCUUACCUCCCUCCCUCCCUUACCUCCCUCUUUCUCCUCCCAUCCUUCCCUCCCUCCCUCCCUCCCUCCCUCCCUUCCUUCCUUCUCUCUUUCAUUCCUUUCCUUCCAUCCUUUCAUCCUUCCCUUUUGUCAUUCCCUCCUUCACUCUUUCCUUCCUCCCUUUACUACCUCUUUCUUCUUCCAUCUUUCCCUUCCUUCCAGCUUUCCUUCCUUCCUUCUCUCUUUCCUUCCAUCCUUCCCUUCCUUCCUUCCAUCACCAGGUAGCCAGUCCUCCUAGCAGGGAGAACUAGCAUGAGGCUCCCAAGUUAGAAAGUUUGCCCAUGCCUGCUUUAGGAUCAAGCAUAUCCUAAAUUGAAUCACGUAUAGCUCUGUCCUCUGGUUUGGAAAUUCCCCAGAAUGAAGCGAGAGCCACGUUAUAACCCCAUGGUACCGAUGACCGUUGUAUUAAAUCAAAUAAUCUUCCUUGUUGGCAUCAUGUUCCUAAGCUUUAUGCUGUGUAAGUUCCAACAAUUCCCAAAUUGCAGGGAAUUCCCACUUGAGGAAGAAAAAGAGGACAAGGCCAUUUCGCAACUGCCAAAGAGCUGCUUUUUAAACAUAGCCAAUUAUGAUUAAGUCGAACCAUUUCACAGCUAUGUUACCCAAACGUGGAACUGAAAUCUGCACACUAAUUUGAGUUCUCAGUUUUUUAGAGGUCAAAGUAUAUAUUGAGUAUUUGUACAGAAUUCUAACUCCUCCCUCCCAAAUGUAUGUUGAACAAUACAUUCAGUAAUAAUGAGAUCCAAUAUAUAUAGUUAGCCAGGUACAGUAGAGUCUUGCUUAUCCGACCUUCGCUUAUCCGACAUUUUGUCUUAUCCAACGCUCUUAUCUGACACCCCCUUUUCCUCAAUUAAAGGAGCACUUCCCAACUCUCUCUCCAUUCCCAGUAAGUGAAGAAGGCAAGACAAGGAGGAGGAGGAGGAAGGGGGAAAAGAGGCAGGGCCGAAAGUGGAAGCGUCCUCUCUUCUUCCCUCUGUGAUUUCCACGCUCCUCUUCCACAUCCGGGCACUUCCUGCUGGGCUGCUCUCGCCCAGAGGCAUUGACUUGCCUUAACCUUUAAGUCGCUGUUGUUACUAUUCUAGGUGUCGGACGGGUAACAGUAGGAGACUCCGUAUUAUCCGACAUUUUCGUUUAUCCAACGUUCUGCUGGCCUGUUUAUGUCGGAUUAGCGAGACUCUAUUGUGCUCACAUUUAAUGUCGCCAUACAAAAGGUUCAUUCGAAUUGUGUAAAGAAGGUGCUAUGUUUGGUUUCUGAUGAUAACCAAAAUGAAAUAACCAGCGGUAGCCAAGCGCUACUGAAGUCUAAGCGGUGAUUUAAUCAUUAUUAGAUGUUUCUGUGGAACGAAAACGAGGGAAAUAGUCCCCACUGAAGCGUCAAGGAUGUUUGGUAGUAAAACGCUUUCAGAACAAGGGAUAGAGAUAUUUCCUUCACGGGGGAGACGAGGAUAUUUUGGCCUUUGAAAAAAUUCUCAAGAGAGUGGGAGGAAAUGGAUUCGGAUUCCCAUCCUCCUCUGUCAUUUUAUAUCAAUCUCCUCGACGAAAAAUUGUAGAGCGGAGGGAGGGGACUCAGCCGGGGCCUUGAUACGACGCCGCAUGAAUGAAAAAGAAUGGAGAAUAUUUCCUGGUACAAUGAAUGACACUUGCAUGCAUCUGUGGAGGGAAGGAAAACGUCUCUUGCGACGAACCUACUUGAAAGUCCCUCCGCAAAUCUGCAUUGGGAAUGUUUUGAGUGUGUGUGUGUGUGUGUGUAUCUGGUUUUCGGAAGAUACAAAUGGCUGACUGACUGUGAUUUUUUUUUUUACUUGUAUAGGUAGUAUUGUAACAGGUGGAAAUGGAAAUAAUUGUACCAUAAUGACUCGUGUGAUGACGUAGUGCAGUAUUCAGCAAUACGAGCAACAUGGUGUUUUUGAGACUACAGAAGAAAAGAAUCGAACGGUACAUGAAGCUAGUUAUUAAGCCUAAAGCUGCACUUAGAUGGUACUAGUCCUACAAAAGCAUGAAGGUCUACUUAGCUACUGAUUUUUAGAGCAGAUUUUACUGUGAAUGAAAUGAGAAAUUGAUGCAUAUCGGUACUAUUUUGAACCAUAUCCCCGACAGACGAUAUCGCAGAUGAUCCAAAGCCGUCUACGUCUCCAAUACAGAUAAAUUACAAUAAUUGUAAGCAGCCCGAUUUAUUUCAAAGGUGGCAACAGAUCCAUUUCUGUAUCUUAUCUGUUUCUUCCUCUGUAAUUAAUCAGGGCACAAUUACAAGGAGAGGAUGGAUAUCUUUUCCAAAGUGCAAUGAAACAGAAAGCUGGAUCAAAAGACUCACCUGUUUUGAGUCAUUUUUCAAAGUGUCUCCAAUCCAUCGAAUUAUAUUUAGGAUCCGAUUUGUGUAGCGACAUCGAGGCAAUAUUAUUUAUUAUUAAUUUAUUAGUGUGUCUGUGUAUGUGUAAUUUUACAGUAAACUUAGUGCCAAAAUGCAUGUUUUUUAAAAACCAAUUAGCACUCGGUUGCGUUAUACGGAAGAGUAUUCAAUGAUCGACCCAUUUGUCACGUCGUGAUGUAAACCAGUUUCGAUAUUUCAAUUCAUUUCUUGUGAUAACCGUUGCACUAUUUUGUUUUGAAUUUGUUUUCCCGUUCGUUUUUAGCUGUAUCCCAACAGCCCCCACUGCAUGCCAUUUGUGUAAAGCCUCUUUCUUAAACAAACAAAAAAAAUCUUGUGAAAUUGUCAUGAAUAACCACUGAAAUUUUAAAAUCCUUGUGUGGGAAGUCUUUUAGGUUUUUUGGCAAAGUAUUUUGUUACCUCAGUCUUCUAUCAGGUUUGCUGUAUUUUUCAGCUUGUUACAUUGAUAAAUAAUUGUUUCACUAAUUAAAGAAAAACUUUAAUGUAAAAGAAA